AAGAAGAAGAAGAUCCAAUAUGGCGGCGCCCUUGCGUGAGGUGGGGAAGGAGCAAUACUUCUAACAACAACCCUCGUUUGUGACCCGUUUAAUAACCUUUAACACAUUCGUGAGAGGAAACAGGUUCGUUUUAGUUAAAGCGAUGUUUCUGAUGACAGGAAAAAAGUGAGAGAGGCGUCCUACAGCUUUUUAUCUGACUUGAAGGUCUCUCAUUCGAUGACGAGGAAACUGUCAGUAAAGUGUUCAGUCCAGGUCAUAUGUAAAAUCCAUUGUUCAAUAGCAACCAGCUAAUUUACAUCUAUUUCUAUGAGUUUCAACUUUUCACUUCAAGUGAUUUUUGUUUUUGGUGACGUGAAUCCCACCAAAUAUGAAAUUUCAUUAAAAUAUAGUCGGUGGAAACUGGACAUGUUUCUGUCGUGUUACAGUCAAUCCUCAUACUGAAUCAGCUCGUGCGAUGGCUCUGAGAAGAGCUGUGAGCCUCCUUCUCACAGGAAGUGAGUGUGUCUUCAAUAGGUUGGCACAUUCUUUUCAGAGAUCACCAAACAUCCUCAGGCAAACGGUUGGAUUUCAUCACCACCGAUGCAGUGUUGCAAGAACUGUUCACACCUGUGCACCGCUGCUGGGGGCCAGGCUACUGUCAGUGGAGGAGCUGUUCGCCCGCAGUUCUCUGCAGGAGUACCUGAAGAGGGUGGAGACAGAGUACAGUGAAUGUCUGACAGUAGUGAACAACAGUGCGAUGGAGGAGCGGUGCAGCGAGGAGGAGCUGAGGACCAAGAGGAGCAGAGUGUCGCUGCUGGCUCCUCUCGUCCAGAGCAUCAGGGAGCUGGACACCAAACACAAAGAGAUCACAGAGACGGAGGCGCUGCUGAGAGAUGAAGACCCUGAACUUCAGGAGCUGGCCGCGCUGGAGAGAGACGGCUGCUUGCACGAUAUUCAAGACCUUAGACAAAAGAUCCUGGAUCUGUUGAUCCCUGAGGAGGAGGCUGAUCUGAGCGACCUCAUACUAGAGGUCACAGCUGGUGUUGGGGGUCAGGAGGCCAUGCUGUUCACUAAUGAGGUGUUUGACAUGUACCACGGAUUCGCUCACCACCAUGGCUGGUCCUUUGAUGUCCUGGAGCACAUGACCAGUGAGAUAGGGGGACUACGUCACGCCUCGGCCAGUAUCAGCGGACCUGAGAGCUACAAGAGAUUGAAGUUCGAAGGUGGAGUCCACCGAGUGCAGAGGAUUCCCAAGACUGAGAAACAGGGUCGAAUGCACACCAGCACCAUGACUGUGGCUGUCCUCCCCCAACCCACAGAGAUCUCUUUCACAAUAAACCCGAAGGACCUGCGGAUAGACACUAUGAGGGCCAGUGGAGCUGGAGGCCAAAGCGUCAACACCACAGACAGUGCAGUCAGAAUAGUUCAUCUGCCGACAGGUGUGGUCGCAGAGUGUCAGCAGGAACGAUCCCAGCUGAAGAACAAGGAGAAAGCCAUGAAGGCCCUGAGAGCAAAGCUGUACAGCAGGAAGCUGGAGGAGGUGACCAGCAAACGCUACAACCAGCGUAAAGUACAGAUUGGCACCAAAGGCCGAUCGGAGAAGAUCAGGACAUACAACUUCGCCCAGGACCGAAUCACAGACCACCGGAUCGGCAUGACCGUGCACGACGUCAAGAGCUUCCUGCUGGGAGAGGAGCUGCUGGAAGAGAUGAACUCUUCGCUGCAGGAGUUCUCCAACCAGGAGACGCUCAUGGAACUGCUGGGAGAAAACGACCAGGGGGGUUCAUGAGUUUGUCUCAGAGGAAGAGGGAUUUUGUGGAGCAGUUCUUUUUACAUAAAUUUACAAUAUAUGAUAUAUUGUAUGUGAUUGUUGUUGUUGUGCGUCAAAUUCUGCUGUGGAAACCUCAAGGAAAAGGACCAAGUCUCAAAGCUUCUGCCCAUUCAGAUUUACAAAUAUGUUGAUUUUCUUUUAUACACAUGGAGAUACAGGAAUCCAUUCAUACUUAUUUAUUUAAACACACCUAUAAGUGGCAAAUGAAGAGACUGCACUAUGGAGUGGCUCGGCACCGGCUCCCCUGAGAACUUUCUGAAGUAGUUCAUGUUGUAUUUUUAUGUACCAACAAAUAUUUUGACAGAUUUCCACAACAUUUAGAGGAAAUAUAUGGGUCAGGAAAAACCCAUUAAAAAGGAUGUGACAUUUGCAGCCCUGUUUGUUUGUUUGUAGAAACAACUGAACAGACGUCCACGAAACUGGGACACGUGGAAUGAUGCCGUUUUGGGUCAGGGAGGAACCCAGAGACACGGAUAAUGGACGACUCACUAAAUUCUCUUGAUUUCUCAGGGAAUAAUUAAUGGUUGAUAUAACAUGUUUAUGGGACUGACAUCUACUUCAAAAAUACUUCAUUAAACAAGUGUUUUUUUAUGUACUUUUAAGUUGAUAAGAAUAAAAGUGACAUGCAUUUCAUUU